AUGAAUCGUUCCCAUCCAAAGUCCUCUCUUUCAUCACAAUCGCCGUCUGAAAUGAAAUCUCCUCCCGUCAAAACAAACACCAGCAAUAACAACACCUUGUCAACCUCCUCCGGAUCCGUGUUAACAACAGUCUCUCCCUCUCAUCCACAUUUUGCUUCCACACAACGACGAGCUUCCAUUUCAUUUCCAUCUUUUCAUCCUAAAGAUUCCACAUCAUCGCCGUCUCCAUCCAGUAGUUCGUUCCUCUCCUCUUGUUCUUCUUCUUCCGAUUUACAUAACAUUCCAGAUGAAAUUCUCCUCACUCAUUUACUCAAACAAGGAAAGAAUCAUAGCAAGAUCGGAGCAAUGCUUUCCGUCAUUCCCAUUCUCUUCAUUUCAUUAUGUUGUUGCGAGGGAAAAGGUUGUCUUGUGUUUCUUGCGAUUGCCCUCUUUGAAAUCUUCUUACAGAUUGCCAUCAAUGAAAUUCGAAAGGAAACUCUUCAAAGUUUUAUUCGAUGGCAAUUCACGAAAUUAGUCUUAGUGCUCAUGGCGCAGAUUCCUCUUCAACUUUACUAUGGAUGCAUGUUUCCAAUGUAUUUACUCACUACUUUCAAAAUUCUCAUCGUCUCGAAAAACUUUUGCUUUAAUAUUCGACUCUUGAUCUUCGCAGGAUUGUUCCUUGUGCUCGGCACGAGUGCAUCCAUGUUUAUUGCCUAUUUCAUACAAUCCUUCCUUCAAAGUGCUUUAUCAGAAAAGACUUGGCUUUAUCCUCUCAAUCCAACAUCUCUUAACCAAUUAAGAAAUUCUGUCUUGAUUAGGUUAAUUGAAAUAUUUGUCUUACAAAUUAGUGUCAUGCUUGGGGGUUACCUCUUCUCUGAAUCUCUUAUCCAAACCAAUCAAGAAUACACUCGACAACAAGUUGAGAUCACCCGAGAAAAGGUGAAAAACUUUGAAAAGACAAAAUUCAUUGCCAACUUGAGUCAUGAAGCUCGAAAUCCCAUUCAUUGCAUUUUAGGAAGUCUCCAAGUAUUGAGUCAUCAUUUUCAUGCUGAAAAGUGCUCACAUGGAUGUGAACAUUGUUUAUUGAACAAUUCCGCCAUUGCAGAGACAAUGCAAGACAUUAAGGAGAAUGCAACCUUAUUACUUCACAUCUUGUCUUCAUCGUUGCAAUUGACUUCCUUAGAAAUGGAUAAAAUAGUUCUUAAGAAUGAAGAAUUCUCAUUGAUCAAUUUGACUGAUUCGUUAGUCGGUGCUUUCUCUCAUUUAGCUCAAGAAAAGAGAAUUUCCUUGAAUGCCUUUUGCAAUGCCAUUAAAGUUCCUCCCUUGCUGAAAGGAGACUCGGUCAGAAUUUCUCAAAUUUUGAUGAAUAUUGUGUCCAAUGCCAUCAAGUACACUAAAAAAGGAUUUGUGAGAGUGAAUUGUGACGUUCUGAAAGAAGACUCGCAAGAGUUACAGGAAAUUUCAAGUAACCUUCUCAUGAAUGUUCCGAAGAACAAGAACAUGGUCUUUGUCAAAAUUGAAUGCAUUGACACAGGUUGUGGAAUUACACAAAGUCAAAUGCAAAACAUCUUUCAACCCUAUCGUAUUAUUCCCACUGACAAUGAAGAAGAAACCUCUUUCGGCUUCGAACACUACUUUAAAAACAAUCGAUCCAUUCUAAAGUUGGACGAUGGUGGGAGUAGUGUGAUCCAUACGAAACGUACGGGUCUUGGUUUAAGCAUUUCCAAAAUGUUAGUAAGCAAAAUGCAUGGCAUUAUCAGUGUAGAGAGUUGUCCUCAUCAAGGUGGAACUGUGUUCACAAUUAUUCUGCCACUAGAAAUGGUCACUGAAGAGCAAGAGGGUUCCAAGAAGAUCCAUAGUGACUCGAGUGGUUCACCACACAAUGAUUUAUUAUUGAAUCGAAUGGAACAUUAUGAUGAAAAGGGACAAUUAAGCACUCCUAUCGAACAAAGAGAUCGACCUCUUUGCAAUAUUUUCAUCAUUGAUCCUGAUUAUUGCUUUAAGGAAGUUUUGAAAGAUUAUUUGGCUCUUUUGAAACCAACAUUUCCAUAUGUGGCGAUUAAGGAAUUCAAUGAUUUGAAAUCUUUUCAAACUGAAUUGAAAUCUGGAAGCCUUCCAUCAGUGUUGGACUCUACAAUUACUUCCAUGGUGUUUAUUGACGAGAAUGAAUACGAUACUGCACGAAAAUGCCAAUUUUUCCAAAUGGAUGAAUGUCAUCUCCAAAUCAUUCCAACAAGAUUUCGAGGAUCCAUGAAACAAUUCUCCACCAACGUCAGAUGUCUCUCAAAACCUCUUCGCUAUUCAGACUUGCUUGAAAUCUUUCAACAUGCGGACCACAUGUUCCGACAUUUUCACACCUCGAAUGAUGAUUCCUUUCUGCAUCAUCAACGUCUUGAAAAGUCUCCAAGUCUUGAUCUCACAGUCUCCUCUUUAUCAUCUUCUUUGGAUCAAUCUCCCCAAGUUCAAACUCGACUCAACGUCCAUCAUUUUGUCACAACUCCAGCUGAAAAUGGACAUCCCUCUGUCGUGCAAGCUCCAACUAAUUCUCCACUCUUUUCACCCUCUAUUGAAAUUGCCAGUGGCCACCAUCUCUUGACCAAUAUAAAUCAUAAUAACACUUGUCAUCCUCAGUUUCCAUGCGUGCCGACGAAUCCUGAUUUCAGCAAGUUCUCAGUUCUCAUCGCUGAUGACAAUGCCGUGAAUCGAAAGGUUUUGGUGAAAAUGCUUCAAAUCAUUGGAUUUCAAAAUAUUGAUGUGUCCAACGAUGGAAAGGAAUGCUUUGAAAAGUAUCAACAAAAAUCGUAUGACCUUGUGUUGCUCGAUUGUAUCAUGCCUGUAUUGAGUGGAAAGGAAGCUUGUACCUUAAUAAGGAAAUGUGAAGAAGGACAUUCCACAAGAAUUCCAAUUGUUGCCAUCACUGCCAAUACUUGGGAAGUGAGAGAAACAUUGUUGUCACAAGGAUUUGAUGAUGUCUUGUAUAAGCCAUUAGUGUUGGAAACAUUCAGACAAGUGUUGGUGAAACUCUUGUCACAGCGAACCUUCCUUCCUCACAUGAACAAGUAA